GAGUUUUCUCGAGUUACAGUGCGCCGGCCUCGUUUUGGCAUAACGCCGCUCCAACGGUCCCUGCCUGGCCUUUCCGUCAGCUAUCCAGGGAGACGUUCAGCAAGGCUCAAGGCUCGAGCCAGAUUGAUUGAUAUUAUGACGACGUCGUCGCGGGCCAUCCUGCCGCCAUUCUCGUUUCCUUCCUCCUCGUCAGCCGCCCCUAGCAACAACGACUGCGAAUCUCCGCAUCGUCAUCAUUCCUCUCAACAACAACAGCAGCAGCAGCAUCUUGAAGAGGAGAAGAAGAGGCAUCAUCCAUCCCACCCAGGCCACGCCAGCAGCAUCACCAAGGACACCAAGGACGACAACGGCAACAGCUCGCGCACGCGCCACAACCACCACCACAGCCGCAACCAGCUCUCCUCAGCCUCAUCUUCGGCCACGGCUCAGCUCGACACGCAGCAGCAGCAGCAGCAAUACCAAAACUCCAAAGGUGCAGGCACUGAUGCUCGCGCGUCCCGACCGAGGCUUGUAACGCAUAAAAGCGGCAGUUCGCCCAGUUCACCCACGCGACCUCGGCCUCACAGAUCGGUGCUAUCCAAGAGCUCCAGCGCUGUGCCGACCCUUUCGACCCUCUCCAUCCCUCGAGCCGUCGCCGCAGCCGAUCUUCGCAAGCCGCCCACGACACUCGGCAACAUGACCUCGACGGCCAACAGUGGUGCGUCGCCCGCCGCGGAUUUGCUGCGCCAGGCCAUGAUGCAAAGAACUCACAAUGAAGACGAGCACGAUCAGAUCGGCUCAAACAGCUCCACCCCGCCCGGUGCAUCUACCCCUCGUCCCGAUCCGACCGACAAGCGACUGCCUGGUAUCCUUCAUAGCUACUUUGGCCAGGCCACUCCUCCCCAGACUCCCCGCACGCGCUCCCAAGAGGGCAGGCCGCCGACCUCGAACCUGUCCCAGACCUCGCUUGCCUCGAGUGCAAAGUCCAAGGAGAGUCGAUCGCCUUCCAUCGGCACGCCCAAGGGCAAGCUGACCGUCUCAAUCUCCGAGGGACGCAAUCUGCGUCCCAGCAUAGACCCAUAUGUUGUGUGCCAGUUCCAAUGGGCCGAAUACAUUUCAGAAGGGCCCAGGAAUGAUUCUACAAAGAAGGACGACCCGAACCGGGCCGGACUUGCCAUUCGCCGCACUGACAGCGAUUCAGGGAGACCCAUGGCGAUCCCCAUGCGGAGUCGACAGAGCAGCAACAAUGGUGUGAGCUCGGAUCCUCGCGAGGAGGGCGUGUUCAAAGAAGUCACGGAUCCCGAAUGGGAGCAUGAGGCUGACUUUGAUGUUGUUGGCGAUCACUCCGAAAUUGACAUUUCUGUGUACGACCGUAGCAACGGCGAAGCCUUCUUGGGCCACGUUCGAUUCUGCCCUAAUCUGGUCGAAUACGAGAAGCCUUAUGACGGCUGGUUCCCCCUCGAGUCCCGAGAUGGCGAGGAAGACUACGUGACUGGCGAGAUUCAUCUGAGGCUAAACUUCCACAAGACCGACAAGAAGCACUACGGCCCGGAAGAUUUUGAAAUACUCAAACUCAUCGGCAAGGGCACAUUUGGUCAGGUCUUCCAAGUACGCAAGCGAGACACUCGACGAAUCUACGCCAUGAAAGUGCUCUCCAAGAAAGUGAUUGUGCAAAAGAAGGAAGUAGCACAUACGCUGGGUGAACGUAACAUCCUGGUGCGAACGGCAAUGGCCGAGUCUCCUUUCAUCGUGGGCCUGAAAUUUUCUUUCCAAACCCCUUCGGAUCUGUAUCUUGUGACGGACUACAUGUCGGGUGGCGAACUGUUCUGGCAUCUACAGCGCGAGGGUCGUUUCCAGGAAGGGCGAGCCAAGUUUUACAUUGCGGAGCUCAUCCUUGCGUUGCAGCACUUACACGAGCACGACAUUGUUUACCGAGACUUGAAGCCUGAGAAUAUCCUUUUGGACGCAAAAGGUCACAUCGCACUUUGCGAUUUUGGUCUUUCCAAGGCGAACAUCACCGAAAAUGCUACCACCAACACUUUUUGUGGUACAACAGAAUACUUGGCCCCUGAAGUCCUCCUGGAUGAGCAUGGCUACACCAAGAUGGUGGACUUUUGGUCCCUUGGAGUCCUGGUCUUUGAAAUGUGCUGCGGCUGGAGUCCUUUCUACGCGGAAGAUACCCAGCAGAUGUACAAGAACAUUGCCUUUGGCAAAGUUCGAUUUCCCCGAGAUGCUCUCAGUACUGAAGGCCGGAAUUUCGUCAAGGGCCUUUUGAACCGGAAUCCAAAGCACCGACUAGGUGCCCAGCGCGAUGCAGAGGAACUCAAGGCUCACCCCUUCUUUGCCGAUAUCGACUGGGAUGCUCUUUCCAAGAAAAACGUCGUCCCGCCGUUCAAGCCAAAGCUCAAGGGCGAGCUAGACGUGUCAAACUUCGACCCCGAAUUCACCAAUGCUCUCAACGGGAAUGGCUCACUAAAUGCCCGUGCCGCUGCUUUGGCGUCCGGAGUUAACCCUGCUUCCACUCCCCUGUCACCGACCAUGCAAGCCAAUUUCAAGGGAUUCACCUUUGUGGACGAGAGCACCAUGGAGCAACAAUUCAAGCAUCGUGAGAACGACCUGGAGCGAAUGGAUGAAGACGACAAAGAAGACCCGGAAUGGGAUAAGCCUGCCGGAAGGGGAGACCGCAUGAGCGGAGUUAUCCCAUCUAACGAGCACGAAAUAUUUUCGCACGGCAACUUCGACGUCUAG